AUGCAAGAUAGGGGAGGAUGUGGGGGCCUGGAGACUCAUGAAAGCUUUUUGGGAAUUUCAGGAAUAGAAAUGCUGAUGACAGAGAAAACAAGAAAUGGGACAGCCAUCCAAGAGUUCAUCCUUGAGGGGUUCCCUGCAGCCCAGCACCUGGGGAUCCUGCUUUUUCUAGUGCACUUGCUGGCCUACGUGGCUUCCCUCAUGGGCAACAUGCUCAUAAUUAUCAUCACCUGCGAGGACCACCGCUUACAGACACCCAUGUACUUCUUCCUCAGCAGUUUCUCCUUUGUCGAGUGUUGUUUUAUUACCACCGUUAUCCCCCAGCUGCUAGCCAUCUUUCUUUCAGGGAGGCAAACGAUUUCCUUUGUAGCCUGCUUCACACAAGCCUUCGUCUUUCUUUUCUGGGGAGCAACGGACUUUUUCCUCCUGGCCGUGUUAUCCGUGGACCGGUACCUGGCCAUCUGCAAACCUCUGCAUUACCCCACCCUCAUGAGCCCAAGGAUGUGUUUCUUCCUCGUUACCGUCUGUUUCGUUCUGGGAUUCCUCUUCAUGUCCAUUCCGGUUGUGAUGCUUUCCCAGUCAUUUUACUGUGGCCCCAAUGUUAUUCCUCACUAUUUCUGUGAUUUUGGACCACUGGCAAAUCUCUCCUGUUCAGAAACCAGGUCUAUUGAAAUGUUGUUUUUUAACCUUGCUUUAAUUGUGCUUUUUACAACCCUUCUUAUAGCCAUCUUUGCGUACAGCAAUAUAGUAGCCACAAUUGUGCGGCUCCCAUCAGCCAGGGAGCGACAGAAAGCUUUUUCCACCUGCUCAUCCCACCUCAUUGUCCUCUCUCUAAUGUACGGCAGCUGUGUGUUUAUAUACGUGAAACCAAAGCAAGCAAGUAGGCUAGAAUCCAACAGAGAGGCUGCUCUGGUGAACACAGUCGUGACACCGCUUCUGAACCCUGUCAUCUACACUCUGCGCAAUAAGCAGGUCCACCAGGCUCUCAGGGAUGCGCUGUCCAGGGUCAAAUUGCACAGAUAG